GCUAAAAGGACUAGUAUUACUAGCAGUGAUAGUGGAGUCUCGAAAAAGAAAAAACCUUCGAGCAAAAAUGACCCAUUAUCUAAAGAUACUAUCAACAAACUUGCAGAGAAGUUUCAAAAAAAAUCAGAUAAUGUUGAUUUAGAAGCUUUAAACCAACUAAUUGGACUAUAUGAUCCUUUGUUAGAAAACUUUGCUACUGAAGAAGGUCUAAACAAGUAUGAAGAUGUUGCUAGAUUGUUGAAUCUCCAACUAUACAAGAUUUAUCAAGGUUUAUUUGAAAGCCAAAAAUUCACUCCAUCUAAAGAUGAUUUAUCUCAAUUCAAAAAAUUAAAACACACAUAUGAAAUGUUCAAGUUUAACUUAUUAUUCAUAAUAGAGAAUGUUAUUUUUGACUGCUCCUUAAUCAUAGAUAAUUUGGACAUUUAUUUGAAAUUAGUGAAACUCGAAAGUGUUCAUUUUGCUACAAGUUCAAAAGAAGGUGAGAAGAAUCCAUUUUUCCCAACUAAAACUUUCAAGAAUUUGGUCACUUCAAUAUUAAAAUCACAAAAUGGAGAAGUCUUGAAUGAUGGUACUAGUUCAAAUAUUGUUGUUCAGGAAUUUGUCAACAGUUAUUUCAAAAAAUAUCAAGAUUUUCAAUUUUAUUUCAUUAAUGAAUUAAACACAGAAGAGUUAAACGAUGUUUCAAAUGAGCAAACUUUUUCAAAGUUUUUAACUAUAAUGAAAGAAAAAUUAACACUUUUCGAAUCGGAUGAUGAAAAAAUUGGCAAAACCUUUGUUACAAAUUUACCAUCUAUUGUUAAUAAUCAAGUUCAUUUCAAGUCAACUUUUGAAACUAAAUGGUUAUAUUUUUUGAACAGAGAAUUGAACAACAACCAAUAUAAAACUAUAUUGUUAAUUUUACACAAAAGGAUCAUUCCAUUCUUUAGUACACCAACAAAACUAAUGGAUUUUUUAACAGAUUCCUAUGAAGUUGGUGGAAUAAUAUCAAUCCUUUCAUUGAAUGGGUUAUUCGAAUUGAUAAAGAAAUAUAACUUGGAUUAUCCUAAUUUCUAUGAGAAGCUAUAUUCAUUAUUUGAUCAAGAUUUAUUCCAUAUGAAGUAUAGAUCAAGAUUUUUAAGAUUGACAGAUGUUUUCCUUUCAUCAACACAUUUACCAUCAGCUUUGAUUGCAUCUUUUUUGAAAAAAAUGGCUCGUCUUUCAUUGAAUUCAUCACCUUCAGCUAUUGUCUCAAUCAUUCCAUUCACAUAUAAUAUGUUAAAGAAGCACCCAACAUGUAUGAUUUUACUUCAUAAUACCUCAGCUUCAGAUGACUAUACUGAUCCUUUCGAUGAUUCUGAAAAGGACCCAUUAAAGACUAAAGCUAUAGAAAGUUCGUUAUGGGAAUUGGAAACUUUACAAACUCAUUAUCAUCCAAAUGUGGCCACUUUAGCUAAGAUCUUUAGUCAACCAUUUAGAAAGCAAAGUUAUAAUAUGGAAGAUUUCUUGGAUUGGAGUUACAAUUCUUUAUUAGAAAGUGAAAACACAAGAAGAAUGAAGAAUGAGGUUGCCCUGGAACAUGAUAAGUUUGAUUCUUUAUUGGGAGAUGGGUAUAUUAGUGGUUGGAAAUGGUAGAUAAAUGACUUUUAAUAUAAAAUUGUAUCUAUAACUUUUGAGUCGCAAUAUUAUGUAAUUGC